UGCCAAACCCCUCAGAAAAAAAAGCUGAAACCCCUCUCUCCCAUCUGCAGUCGGCUGCCCCUCCCCUCCUCACCACCACCGCGAGCGAGCUCGAGCAGACGAGACGACGCGGGCGGCGGCGGCGACGGCGGCGAGCAGCACCCGAUCCACUCCCCUCUCCGCUAGGAGCAAAAGCAGUAGAAAUGAAUGCGCACCUCAGCUUUGAGGAUGGCUGGAGGGUCCUGGAACAGGGGAUUGUUACAUGCUCAAAGAUUCUUGAGGGUUCCACAGGUACAAGGCCUACUGUGGCUGAGUACAUGAACUGCUACGACUGUGCUUAUAGAAUGGCUGUGCAGACAACCAGCUAUUGUGAAGAGAUGUACAAUGGUUACAAGGCUACACUUGCAGAAUCCGUUCGUGUGUUGGUUUUACCCCAUCUGAUGCACAAGAGAGAUGAUGAACUUUUGAGACAGCUUCUGAAAAUGUGGUCAAACUAUUGUAUCAUGGUUAAAUGUGUAUCUGGCUUCUUCAGCUAUUUGAACCGUUGCUUUGUCGAGCAAAGAAAACUACCUUGUCUUGAAGACAGUGCUGCCACCUCUUUUUUCUCUACAGUCUUUUCUUUCUUCAACCAUGAAGUAGCAGAGGCUCUACUGACUUUGAUCCGCCAAGAGCGUGAUGGAAGGAAGGUUGAUAUGGACCUGUUGAUGGGCAUUAUGCAUGGCAUAUGUCGUUCUGAAGUCAAACCCUCAAUGAAAAAAUCUGUUCUUCAAGAUACAUAUGCUUACUACUCCAGGAAAAGUUCUGAAUGGAUUGUGCAGUACCCUCUACAAGAUUACCUUGCCAAGGUCCAGCAUACUGUGGAGAAGGAAACCAUGAAAUUGAUGCACUAUCUGUGUAUUUCUGAGGCAGAUUCCUCAGAACUCUGUUUGAAGGUUGUUAGUGCUCCAUUGAUGCAAACUUAUGACAGCUAUGCAGCAGAGAAACAGAUUGGUGGCCAACUUUUGCUUCAAACAUACAAGACUGUGGAGGAUGAUCUGCUGGCCAGAUGCAAUCGCUUGACAAUUGACAGCGGCUCAGAUAACAGUUCUGUCAGUUACAUGGAGUAGAAAGGAAGGGCGCUUUAGCUAACGUUCACCUAUAACCAAGCUUAUAUACAAGAGUUCUAGAACAUGGCCUACAUCUGGGGCACUUUUUGUGCAGGUCGUUUUUGGUACCAAUGCAGAGCUUAUGGACCGCAGAUCUUGUUGGCCAGGUUCAGUUAUAGGAAACCCUAUGCUGAAUCUACAUGGCUCUUUAUUGCAUUUAAAUGCCAGCUUGUACCCCUUAUGCUCAAACUGCAUUUCAAAUGUACAAGCAUUGUGUGCCAUUGGUGGUUUAUUCUGAUUGUCAUCUAGCGAAUAUUAGGCAAGUUAGCACCCAGUUCUCUUAGUGGCUCACAUUGUUGCGUAUGAUUGGACAUGGAGUGUGGCAUGACAACAAGACGAAUGGUGCAUGGCAUGUGUCCCUUGCGUGCUUC